CGGGCCCUGACUGGUGGGGAGCGCGAGUCGCGCGGACGUUGGAGUGCUGAGAAGGAGCCCAGUCGGCAGAUGUUGGGGAUGUUUUUCUGGUGGAGGAAGGGGAAUCAGCCCCUUCAAGUCUUAGGUGCUGUUACUGAUCGCCCACUCUGUGUGAGGCUCUGUGCCAACUCCGUUUCGUUCCCAGCUCACCUAACUCCCAUGGCAGCCUUGCUAGAUAGCGAGAGUAUUAUUAUCCCCAUUUUCCAGACAGGGACCUUGAGGCCCAGAGAGACGAAGUAGCUUGUCUAGGGUCACGCAGAUUCUUCAGUGGGGUCGCCGUACCAGGGGCCCUGGCAGGGUCACCUGCAAGAACAUCAAACCAGAGUGCCCAACCUUGGCCUGUGGGCAGCCACGCCAGCUGCCGGGACACUGCUGCCAGACCUGCCCCCAGGAGCGUAGCAGUUCGGAGCGGCAGCCGAGCGGCCUGUCCUUCGAGUAUCCGCGGGACCCGGAGCAUCGCAGUUAUAGUGACCGCGGGGAGCCAGGCGCUGAGGAGCGGGCCCGUGGUGACGGCCACACGGACUUCGUGGCGCUGCUGACAGGGCCAAGGUCGCAGGCGGUGGCACGAGCCCGAGUCUCGCUGCUGCGCUCUAGCCUCCGCUUCUCCAUCUCCUACAGGCGGCUGGACCGCCCUACCAGGGUCCGCUUCUCAGACUCCAAUGGCAGUGUCCUGUUUGAACACGCUGCAGCCCCCACCCAAGAUGGCCUGGUGAGAUGAUGUCAUUUAUGAGCACUUGUCCAGUCUGGGCACUGUGCUGAGAGCAUGCUCUGCAUUGCCUCCAGUGGUCCUCACCACAGCCCAGUGGGAGGAAGGCACUGACAUGAUGAUGACCAUUUUACAGAAGGGGGAACUGAGGCUCAGUAGGAGAAUGUGAUUUGUUCAAGGUCACACAGCUAGUAAGUGGUGCAGCCAGGACUGGAACCCAAGCAUCUGGCUCCAGGGUUCUUUCUUAAGCUUCCUAGGGCACCCUGGAGGUUCCUUUCCAUGUUCCUUUUUCAUCAGGCCUGCCUGGACCUCCUAAUUGGCCUAACCUGCACAGUGUCUGAGCGUAGGGCCUUCUUGUCUCUCUGCUCCAGGUCUGUGGGGUGUGGCGGGCAGUGCCUCGGUUGUCUCUGCGGCUCCUUAGGGCAGAACAGCUGCAUGUGGCACUUGUGACACUCACUCACCCUUCAGGAGAGGUCUGGGGGCCUCUCAUCCGGCACCGGGCCCUGGCUGCAGAGACUUUCAGUGCCAUCCUGACUCUAGAAGGCUCCCCAGAGCAGGGCAUAGGGGGCAUCACCCUGCUCACUCUCAGUGACACAGAGGACUCCUUGCAUUUUUUGCUGCUCUUCCGAGGGCUGCUGGAACCCAGGAGUGGGGGUAAGUGGGAUGCGGGCAAAACACGUGAGAAGGUUAGGGAGAGCACCUGUCUCAGAAAGACCCACAUGUGCGGCCUUGCAGGACUAACCCAGGUUCCCUUGAGGCUCCAGAUUCUACACCAGGGGCAGCUACUGCGAGAACUUCAGGCCAAUGUCUCAGCCCAGGAACCAGGCUUUGCUGAGGUGCUGCCCAACCUGACAGUCCAGGAGAUGGACUGGCUGGUGCUGGGGGAGCUACAGAUGGCCCUGGAGAGGGCAGGCAGGCCAGGGCUGCGCAUCAGUGGACACAUUGCUACCAGGAAGAGCUGCGACGUCCUGCAAAGUGUCCUUUGUGGGGCUGAUGUCCUGAUCCCAGUCCAGACGGGUGCUGCUGGCUCGGCCAGCCUCACGCUGCUAGGAAAUGGCUCCCUGAUCUAUCAGGUGCAAGUGGUAGGGACAAGCAGUGAGGUGGUGGCCAUGACACUGGAGACCAAGCCUCAGCGGAGGGAUCAGCGCACUGUCCUGUGCCACAUGGCUGGACUCCAGCCAGGAGGACACAUGGCCGUGGGUAUCUGCCCUGGGCUGGGUGCCCGAGGGGCUCAUAUGCUGCUGCAGAACGAGCUCUUUUUGAACGUGGGCACCAAGGACUUCCCAGAUGGAGAGCUUCGGGGGCACGUGGCUGCCUUGCCCUACAGUGGGCAUAGCGCCCGCCAUGACAGGCUGCCUGUGCCCCUAGCAGGAGCCCUGGUGCUACCCCCUGUGAAGAGCCAGGCAGCAGGGCAUGCCUGGCUCUCCCUGGAUACCCACUGUCACCUGCACUAUGAAGUGCUGCUGGCUGGGCUUGGUGGCUCAGAACAAGGCACUGUCACUGCCCACCUUCUUGGGCCUCCUGGAACGCCAGGGCCUCGGCGGCUGCUGAAGGGAUUCUAUGGCCCAGAGGCCCAGGGCGUGGUGAAGGACCUGGAGCCGGAGCUGCUGCGGCACCUGGCAAAAGGCAUGGCCUCCCUGCUGAUCGCCACCAAGGGUAGCCCCAGAGGGGAGCUCCGAGGGCAGGUGCACAUCGCCAACCAAUGUGAGGUGGGCGGACUGCGCCUGGGGGCAGCUGGGGUCGAGGGGGUGCGGGAGCCGGGGGCUCCGGAUACAGCCGCUGCUGUGCCACCUGUGGUGCCUGGUCCCCCGGCCCUAGCGCCUGCCAAACCUGGUGGUCCUGGGAGGCCCCGAGACCCCAACACAUGCUUCUUCGAGGGGCAGCAGCGCCCCCACGGGGCUCGCUGGGCACCCAACUACGACCCGCUCUGCUCACUCUGCACCUGUCAGAGACGAACGGUGAUCUGUGACCCGGUGGUGUGCCCACCACCCAGCUGCCCACACCCAGUGCAGGCUCCCGAUCAGUGCUGCCCUGUUUGCCCUGAGAAACAAGAUGUCAGAGACCUGCCAGGGCUGCCGAGGAGCCGGGACCCAGGAGAGGGCUGCUAUUUUGAUGGUGACCGGAGCUGGCGGGCAGCGGGUACGCGGUGGCACCCCGUUGUGCCCCCCUUUGGCUUAAUUAAGUGUGCUGUCUGCACCUGCAAGGGGGGCACUGGAGAGGUGCACUGUGAGAAGGUGCAGUGUCCCCGGCUGGCCUGUGCCCAGCCUGUCCGUGUCAACCCCACCGACUGCUGCAAACAGUGUCCAGUGGGGUCGGGGGCCCACCCCCAGCUGGGGGACCCCAUGCAGGCUGAUGGGCCCCGGGGCUGCCGUUUUGCUGGGCAGUGGUUCCCAGAGAGUCAGAGCUGGCACCCAUCAGUGCCCCCUUUUGGAGAGAUGAGCUGUAUCACCUGCAGAUGUGGGGCAGGGGUGCCUCACUGUGAGCGGGAUGACUGUUCACUGCCACUGUCCUGCAGCUUGGGAAAGGAGAGUCGAUGCUGUUCCCGCUGCACAGCCCGCCGACGGCCAGCCCCAGAGACCAGGACUGAUCCAGAGCUGGAGAAAGAAGCCGAAGGCUCUUAGAGAGCAGCCAGAGGGCCACAUGACCAAGAGGAUGGGGCCUGAGCUGGGCAAGGGGUGGCAUCGAGGACCUUCUUGCAUUCUCCUGUGGGAAGCCCAGUGCCUUUGUUCCUCUGUCCUGCCUCUACUCCCACCCCCGCUACCUCUGGGAACCACAGCUCCACAAGGGGGGGAGGCAGCUGGGCCAGACCGAGGUCACAGCCACUCCAAAUCCUGCCCUGCCACCCUCGGCCUCUGUCCUGGAAGCCCCACCCCUUUCCUUCUGUACAUAAUGUCACUAGCUUGUUGGGAUUUUUAAUUUAUCCUCACUCAGCACCAAGGGCCCCCGACACUCCACUCCUGCUGCCCCUGAGCUGAGCAGAGUCAUUAUUGGAGAGUUUUGUAUUUAUUAAAACAUUUCUUUUUCAGUC